UUGAUUGAUUGAUUGAUUGAUUGAUUGAUUGAUUGAUUGAUUGAGAUACUUAUUUUGAAUAUGUAAAAUCAAGUGCCAAGUAAACAAGGAAUUAAUAUUACAUAAACAUAAACAUAAAUACACAUGCAUACACAUAUACAUACAUAUCCAUACACAUGCAUACAAAACAAAAUCGUAAAGCAAAAGUAAUAUUCCACAAUUACAAUUCUGGACUAGGUCUACAUAUUCGAAAAGGAGUGGGAAGAAGUAAAUAAACACUUAUUUAAUCCCAUUCCUUUUCCAUAAAUUACUGAUUGAUAAUUUCCAGUUUCCUAAAUAUUUGUAUAAUAUUCAAUUUAUAUAUGUAUAUAUACCUGCAUGUACACUCAUACUAAAGAAAACAGAACACAUUAGUUAAAUGUACCUUUGAAAAUUCUUUAAAGCUAAAGACCCUGCACAUAUCAGGUAUUAAUGCUUAUAACUUGCUGCAUAAAAUUAAAAACCUACAUUAUUAAGUCUUGGGAAGAAAAGGGCAUGUAUGUACAUUUCCCCCCUGCUUAUUCAUUGUACACAUACAAUCUAGCACUAUAUUUUGUAUAUAAUAAUAAUAACACCUUUAUGCAAUAAAUCAUAAGAGGUUUAAUGUGUGAAAGCAUAGAAACACCCUGGUUAUGUUUUAAAAAGAGGUUAAGUCAGUUCUGAGAGGAAUGUCCUAAGAUCAUUUCCAGAGGAAUCCCAGGGGUUUGUGAUCACCUUUACGUGGGAACAGCUAUGUGGGCCAAAUUAGAUGUUUUAUCUGUAGAUAUAAUGAAAUAUGAUUUUAAAGUACCUCACCAAAAAAUUGAAUGAAUCACACUAAAAAUGCAAAACAAAAUGGCAGAUAAAUAGAAUUUAAAUAUUCUACUUUCAUUUUAAAAAAAGCGCAACCUUGUCUCUUAAUUCCAUGGCAGCUGUGGAACCAUCAUGUCCUUGGUUAAAGCGGGCAUUUAUCUAAAGGCCAAGAGGUCAAACCUGCGUGAACUUCCUUUGUUUCCGCAUGAAUCCCAUCACCCUGGCAUCCAACCUCUCCUCAGUCAUUGAACAUGCAAUGCCCUGAGGUUCUAGGAAGACUUCUGCACUUAUCCAAUUAAGGGGUUAUCUCUCCUUUUGGCAGUCCUAAGAAUUAAAGAUUAAGGCGGUCGUUGCAUGAAGCUACAGAGCCGCAGCUCAUAUCCAGUCCUCUCUGGCCUCCGUUAAAACACCAGCUCUCGACAGGAUUCUGGACAAAAAUCACACAGCCUUUCUGGAGGAAUAAUGGGUGCCCACGGCUCCAACCUGGAUGAUAUCCUGGAGGAGGACAUGCACCACUGGUACACUAAGUUCAUGAGGGAAUCUCCUUCAGGGCUCAUCACGCUCUUUGAGCUCAAGACUAUGCUGGAAAUGAAUGGGAUGACUGAGGAGGCCAGCAGCUAUGUGGACCAGGUCUUCUUCACCUUCGACAUGGAUGGGGAUGGCUAUAUAGACUUUGUCGAAUACAUCGCAGCCAUAAGUUUACUGCUGAAAGGAGAAAUAAACCAGAAAUUAAAAUGGUACUUCAAACUCUUUGAUCAAGAUGGAAACGGGAAAAUUGACAAGGAGGAAUUGGAGACUAUAUUUAAGGCUAUUCAGGAUAUCACCAGAAGUUAUGAAAUCCCUCCAGAGGAGAUUGUGACCCUUAUAUAUGAGAAAAUCGAUGUCAACGGAGAAGGUGAGCUUACGCUGGAGGAGUUCAUCACUGGAGCCAGAGAGCAUCCUGACAUCAUGGAAAUGCUCACUAAGAUGAUGGAUCUCACCCAUGUCCUGGAAAUCAUUGUCUUGGGUCAACGGAAAAAAGAUGUGAACUGAGUGGCAGAUCAAUGAGCUGGAAGUUGGGGAGUUGAGAUCGCAUUGAGUGUUGCGUAAUUGACUACGUGCACUUGAUGAAGAGCCAAGUCCCAUCUCAGACUGCAAAGAAUUAACUGACUGACUGAGCAGGGCCUGAACUCUGCAUGUCUGCCAGAGGGAAAACAGAGAAUUUACCCGCUUCUAUUUCCUCUGCUUGUGCUGUCACACUUUUCGCCCGGAUUCGCUCAGUUUUGUUAAGGUUUAAAACGCUUUAACAGGAGAUGUGUUGGUGCAGAGACGCCAGUCUGCUUCCUGGGUCCCAUCACGGUUCAAGCAGAUGGUGCGAAGAAAGAUGGAAAGAUCACCUGAAGAGUUUUCUGAGCAGGAAAUCUCUACAUUUGCAGAACUGUCAGGCACAAAGAGAGAAGCAGAGAUGGUUUCUUUGGUCCAAAAUGUCUCAACAGCGUUGGGAUUCUUUUUUUUUUUUGUAAAUCUAUAGUUGAUUUUCAUUUAGAAUUGCAUAUUUUGAAUUCACAAUUUAACUCUUACUAGUCCAGUUGAGGACUGCCAAAAUGAAAUGUGAAUUUCUCACAAAAUAUUUUUUAAAAUGCUCCAUGUUGACUUAGUAUGUCAGCCUAUGACACUCACUGGGAUUGUAUAUUCUUUGUUUUGUGAUGUUAAUCUUGUAAGAUCUGCAUGAAAGCUACUACAAGUUAAAAACAGAAUGGUAAGCAAACACUAUGCCAGUGUGAGGAUACAUUUCUCUAAAAAAUAACCCUCACACUGGCACAGGAUUCUUAAAUUCUUCACCCGAUUAAGAUGUAGAAUUAACAGCAGGUUCUGCAUUGUACAUAAUAGACUUUUCUUUUUUUUUUUUAAAUGGAUGGCAUCUGUUUUUCUGUGACUGCACAAAAUUUGCUACAUACUCUUGUUGCAAAUUGUGCAGGCAAUGUUAGAAAACUGUGGAUGAAGAAAGUUAGAAUACAUAAUGAUCAAGCAUAGCAUCAUUACUGGAAGGUCAAUGGAUAACUGAAGAUCACAUAAUUUAAACACCCGAUGACUAAAAGAGCUCAAAUAUGCAAUUUUGGAAGCACAAGAAUUCUUGAUACAUUUUAUUACUUUACCAAAUUAUGGUCUAAAGAGAGUGUGCCAAGAGACAGACUGUCUGCAAAGCUUUCAUUUGCAUUUGUGUACAAAAAAACAGUUGUUAUAAAAUAACCCGAUAAUUAGCUGUCAUGUAGUUUGAUCCAAAAAUAAAUGUUUGCACUGAGGCCAGUUUGGUUUUAUGUAAUCCAGUGUUGGCCUCCCUUUAAACCA